UAGAGGAUACGAUUGGUUUAUGGAUCUGACGUACAUAACAUAACCAAAAAAAGUUAGACAGGAAAAUAUUUACUGCUAUUUUUUAAGUGAUAUAAAAUGUCAUUUAGUUCAGAUAAUUUGAUGAAUCAAUUCGUUUGAAAUGAACCAUCCUGCAAAUGACAAAAGAUAUAAUGAUAGCUCACCUAGAAAAUCCCGUGGCACCUCUUCUAUAUAUAGGAUUUAUUUUUAGGUUGGAGCUAGCCAUAAUUCGUAUCAAGAAUCUGUUUCAACGUUGAAUUUCUAGGAGGAACAAAAAUGGCAAAUGACUUAAUUCUUCGGGGCAAAGACAAACUCCAAGAAAUUAGUAUGAAGUUAGAACAAAGUCAUCUGGCUUACCUACAAACCGAUGAUAGUCCAUUAAAAUUAGACCAACGUCGUAAGCUAGAAGGAUUUAUCAAGGAAUACCUCUACCUUGUUCCUAAUGAAAAUAAAUACAUGUUUCAUGAAACGGCUGAUAUUUUACGCAGAUCUGCUGCUACAUUGCAAGAUUUUAGUGGUUAUAGAGCUGCCACUGCUUGGAGUGCAAUUUCUUUAUACGCUGCAAAUCUCGUUGCACAACCUUGGAGGAAAGAGUACAGAACGUUAAGGACCUAUAGUGGAUUCUACAAACAUGAAGUACAAGCUAAUUUAAUAGGAGGAGAAUUGAUGUUUGAACAAAUGGGAUAUAAGCAUGCAGCCAGGGAAGUGCUCGUUUUAGAAGGUCCGAUAGAUCCAGACAAAGUGACUAACGUUAGUAGAGAUGCGAUAGUGGCUUUUGUAGAAUGUCAGAUCUUAAAACAGAUAUGGGAAUGUGUCUCGAAAAAUUAUACCGUUUCUUGGCUCGAAGUUUUAGAAUUUCGUGAGAAUCACGUUGGAACUCCUGAACAAGCUAUCAGAGCUUUGAAUCAAUGUUUUCUUGAAAAAAUGCACCAAAGUCGUAUAAAAAUUGAUGCAUAUAGAAACUAUCAUUAUCCGCAACUUGCAACCGUGAAUGCUAUACCACCAGCUAUUAAUUAUCAUAUGCCAUCCAACACUUACAGUAUACCACCAUAUCCUUCAGAUUAUAGAUGCAUUAAUGAUACAAAUAUGACACCUAAAAAUUACCAUUAUUUUAAUUUAAUGGAUCAUGGGAUGGUAAAUCGUUAUGGUACAUACGGAUGUAUGCCAGUAGGAAAUAAGUGUAGUAGUAUUCAUAAUACUUCCUAUUAUCCUACAGUACCAGCAUAUGCAACAAAAAUACCAGCGGAUAGGCUAGUAGAACUUAAUAUGCCACUUCCAGUCGUGAAUUAUGAUAAAACAUGUAAAAAACCAUCGCAAAGAACUUUUGAUAUGGACGAAUUGGAUUUUCAUAAAAGACAACCUAUCGAUUCGGAUUACGAUUAUGCUAAAGUUGAUAAAAAAUGUAUAAAACCAUAUUCGAACAUAGAGAAAAACACACACGAAAAUUGGGACUUUGUUUAUAAAAAUUUAGAAAGUCAGGGAUAUUCGAAGGAUCUUGGUGAUAGAGAAGAUAUUUUAAACAAAACAGAGACAGAUUUACGAUUUUCUAAACAAAAGCCAUUAAGGUCUUCUGAAAACGAAGAAAAGUAUAAUAUUUAUCGAUUGGAGAAAAAGAAGACUGGAAGAGGAGAUGCAAAGGAUAUUAAUAAUCACAUUACUAAUGGACGAAAGCACCAUCAAGAUACAUUAUCGAUUAAAAAGAAAUCCUCUUCUUUUGAUUUAUCCGAUUCAAAUAGAUAUCACAUCGAUGUUACCACAGAGAAUCCAUCGUAUUUAUAUGGUACAGUGAAAAAACACGAUAGUCAGAUCGUACCGAUGCAACGAUCGCAUCAUUCGUCUGAACAAAUUUCAAGGAUUGCUAAUUCAAUAAAUCAUUUGGAAUUGUCAGAAUCCAAAAAGGAAUCUAAUAGUAAAGAUCAAAAUAAAUGGAAUUGUGCUACUUGCACAUUCUUAAAUUCACCCGAAAAAGAAAUUUGUGAAAUGUGUAUGAAAUCAAAAUUUAAAGGAAACGAAGAUAAACCGUUGGCAAGCGGCGGUAAGGAAUGCCCAAAGUGUACAUUAGUAAACGAGAAAAAUGUUUCCGUCUGUGAUGUUUGCGGUGAAAGUUUGAAAGAUUCUCCAACUUAUAUAUAAAAAUAUUCUCUCUUUGUAAAAAGGUAACGUUUUAUUUCUCAAUAUGAUUUUCGCAUGAAAAAA